AUGGCAAAAUUGGAUUCUGUAGCGAACGUUGAUAUUGAUCCAAAAGGAACGUUCAAGUACAUCUUGAUUAAAGUAAAUUCAAAGUUUCUAUCUCAUAUCUUUAAGUUUAGGUGACUGAUCCUUCUUCUAAGAAGAACAAGGUGAUUGUCAGAGGCUAUGGCGAUUGUGGAUUCCACGGUGACAUUCUGGACAAAGUAGAAUCUAAUCAGAUUCAAGGCUUAUCAGCUGAUUGUUUGGGAGGCGGUCGAAUCAAGCACGAUGCUGAUGGCAAGUCCAUAAAGGUAUAUGGUUAUUCACAAGGAUAUGGCCAAGCCGAUCACAAGAUUGCUGUUGAUAUGUUGAAGCAAAAGUAUCCGGACUACGAUGUUACUUCUUCUAAUGACGGAUAUUAA